CACCUUUCCUUUAAACCCCAUCUUCACUUCACUCUUCACUUCUUCUUAGUUCUCUCUGUUGAGCUCUGAGAAUUUACUAAAAUAAGAAGGAAAAAAAAAGAAAAAGAAAUUAAGAAAUGGGAAGAAAACCAUGUUGUGUAAAAGAGGGAUUGAGAAAAGGUCCAUGGUCUUCUAAAGAAGAUUUAUUACUUACUAAUUAUAUCAAGGAAAAUGGUGAAGGACAAUGGAGAUCUUUGCCUAAGAAUGCUGGGUUGCUUAGGUGUGGAAAAAGUUGUAGACUAAGAUGGAUGAACUAUUUAAGACCAGGGAUUAAAAGAGGAAAUUUCAGUCAAGAUGAAGAAGAUCUUAUAGUGAGACUACAUUCUCUUUUGGGUAAUCGUUGGUCACUAAUUGCUGGAAGAUUACCAGGUCGUACAGACAAUGAAAUCAAGAAUUAUUGGAACACACAUUUAAUCAAGAAGCUCAAAAAUGCUGGAAUUGAACCAAAACCCCACAAAAAUUUCUCCAAAUGUUCCAAAAAGGAAUCAAGAAAAGGACCCCAACAAGGGAAAUCAAGAAAAAUACAAGGCAAAAAGAGCAACAACAAAAACAAUAAGGGUCAAAUUGUACAAGUUGAGAAGACCAAAGUAUUUUUCCCAAAACCCAUCAGGAUUUCUUGUGGAAUUUCAAGGAACAAUAGUUUUGAAAAUGUUACAUUGAGUACUACUUGUUCCUCAAAUAGUAAUUCUGGAGAAGCUAAUCUUGAAAACAAGGAAAAUGAGGUGAAAUUAGAAGAAGUUUCAUUCUUUCCAAGGGACUUAGAUUUUGGUAAAUUACUUGAAGGGGAUGCAAUUUAUGAUGAAUUUCUAAUGGAAGAAAGUUGCCACAUUUCAAACAAAUGUUCAUUGCCAAUGAAUGAGAGCAUGUUGGAGAAAGUAUAUGAAGAAUAUCUUUUACUUCUUUCUGAAAAUUGUUACCUUCAAGAUGAUCAUCAAAAUGAGCAAAAUUUCCCUGUAAAUGUUUCUGAUCAGUGAUAAUAAAAUUUUUAGGAAGUUUGUU